AGAUGUCCUAGGCACACAUUCAUCCCCAAGCCUUUGAGGGACGUGGAUCCAUAGCAACUUUUUGCUGACAUUGCCAAGUUAUGGAUUGAAAGCUAGUACAUAUACAAGUAUGUAUUAGCUGGCCAAUGAUUAUUUGAAAUUUACGCCUCCCAGAGCGCCGUCGGACACCAGCUGACGACAAAUUGAUUCAGCUUUUACUUUCUAUUUCCAAGAAGACGACGAGCAUUUCAGCAAAAUAGGGCUGUUCGUCGCCAGUAUAGGGACCUGUGGAGCAACUCCCUUAUUUGGAUAACACACCAGUCUUUGCUUCUCGGUGGCACGAAGACAGGAAUUAAGACAACGAGCAACAGUUCGUCGGAUCAGAUAACGCUGCAUCCAUUCACUUCGACACACGCACCAAAGCUGUGAUGGCUGAGGUCAAUUCGGAGGACAAGGUCAAUGUGAAAGAAAAGGUUACGUCAGUGCGAGAAGUGGUCCCAGGGAAGAGCACCAAUGAGAUAGUUCUAGUUCUUCAGUACUAUGAUUACAAUGUAGAAAGGGCAAUACAGGCAUACUUAGAAGAUGGUGCUAAAGAGGCCUUGACUGAAUGGCAUUUUACAGGUAACAAGGUCCCAAAUAAGAAGAAGAAAAGUAAGAAGACAAAAGCAUCUGGAGGUAACCAGAGUCCUCCUACUGAAGACAAGAAGACUGAUGUAGCCAACCAUACCAAAGAGCCACUUACAAAUGGGGAUGUACAUGAAGAUGAGGAGCUUCUGCAGGCACGGGCCAGGCUGCUGGAUGGAGCCACCCCUGUCCCUGCACAGCCCACCCCCGGGGCAACAGCCGCUCCGACUUCUGCUCCCUCCACUACCCCCGCUCCCUCCACUCCACCUCCUCCUACAUCAUCUACUGAUAAGGCCAAGGCAUCGACACAUCACAACAAACACUAUAACAAGCAUUCGGACAAACACUCUGACAAACACUCAGAUCCCCAUGGCUAUCAAAACACCCAUCAUCAGCGACAACGAACCUCCAGUGAACGAAGCGUGUCUAGUGUUGGCAGCCAGGGUGUAAAGAAACCAUUUGCAGGUUUGGAAAAGUCUACAAAAGAUCUCCAGCGCCAGACGAUAUCCCUGGAGAGGUUACGUAUGGGCCUGGACUCUGAGAUAGAGAAGGCUUACAAGAGAGUGAAAGCAGUGUUUGAUGAGGCCAGGAACAGCUUAAAUGACCGGGAAGUUCAGUUGAUACGAGAAGUUGACGCCUUGAAAGACCAAGCCAAUGUCGUGUUCCGCAUGCGUCAAGUCAAGGCUGCAGAACUGAAGGUUCGUGUGGAGAGGGCAGAGCGACUCAACAAUUCUGAACUAGCAGAACUUAGGGCAGAUAUUAAAUUGUUUGUAAGUGACAGGAAGAUUGACGAGGAUCUCGGCCGGACUACAAGAUUUGUGUAUGACUCGGACCACUUUUUACAGGAAAUAAGGACAUUUGGAUCAGUUGUACCUGUGAAGUGCUCCUACAACACUCGCCGUCCGUCCGUCUCCUCUGUAGCUAGUAGUGUCGGACAGGAUGAGUCCUUGUCUCCAGGCCUUAGAUCUACAUCUCAACCUAUGCAUACUGACCUAGAAAGUGCCUCAAAUUCAAGAGACAACAAUUUGUCUGCGGCAGAAAUGGCUCAACUUCAACAACGAUUGAAAGACUCACUGCAAUUACAGAAACCUAAUAAGAAGAAGGGUUUGUCAGUGAAGUCUCCGCCUCCAAGAAACAGACCAGCAUCAGGGACUGCUCAAAGAGAAGAUGGUGAUCAAGGAGAUGACUUUCGGAGGAACAAGUCUGGUCGCAGGAGACGGGAUUACCCCAGGGACAACCCCAGGGAUACUCCCAGGGAUACUCUCCAACAAGAUGCUUCUGAUCAUGUGAAAGAUAACCACUCUAGCAUGUCCCAGUCUGCUCAAUCAGGUUCCACACCGCAAACCAACCCCAACAAUAGACCCAACCAGUCUCCAAGAAGGAACUACUCGGGGGGGCAAUCCAGUCCCCGCAGAUAUGGCAGUGGAGGGCCCCGGGGGAGGGGACGUCGAGGGAGGGGGGAUGGCUAUCCUGAGGAUGGACCACAACAAAGGGAAUAUGAACGCAGCCCAAGAGGGCGUGGAGAGGGCAGGGGUAGAGGGGGGAGAGGUAGGGAUGGUGGGGGAAGAGGCAGAAAUCAUCCUAGUCCUCACCCUAAUGCUCAAUCUAGUCAGGCUGGCAGCACGUCAGGAACCCCAACUCUCAAUGGGACAAGUGUAAAUGGACAGAAUUGACUACUGGCUUCAUGACUGAAGGUUUUCAUAUGCAGACAUUGUUUUCUUUUUGUUUAUGUUGUAAUUAUUGUAACAAGUGUUAAUGUGUUACUUAGGAAUUUCUUACAAAAAUUGUGUUUGAGAAAUUGUCUUUACCUAGGUUGAUUUUCAUUUUUGAUGUUUAAAAUCUUACGUUUAUGAUUCAUGAAAGCCACAGGCAUAGGUGGACAUGUAUCUGUGGGGGUCUGCUGUUUCCUGGUAAUCAUUUUUGACCACACAGAGUAUGACAUUAGAUGUAAGAUAUUCCCCUUUGCAGUCCAUACAAAUCACUAUAUUUUCAGUUCACCGUCAACUGACACUCGAAAUACCAUUAACUGUUUUGUGAAUUGUAUUUGGACAACGUGACUUUAAUCGGUAUGAAAGCGUACACUGAAGUAUGUUGACAGUUAAGAUCAGUUACUGAAAGAUUAAAUGACUCACAAUAUUCUUUCUAGGGUCCAUCUAAUGACAACUUUUCAUUCAUCAAGUGUAUAUGUUAUAGGAGAAACUGCCUAAGUUGAACAUUCUUAUUUUUGUGGGUGAAUGGUUUGAUUUGACAAGUGUAAUUUUGGUUAUUUUCCACUACCGGUAUUUUGAUGAAGAACCUCCAUGCAACUUCCGUCAUGAUAUGACGCCAUUGACUUCGUCCAUUUUUGUGGUUAGGCUGUACAUUUUGUACAGACAAUAUUUGCUUUGUAAAAUGCUUUGUUACAGAAUUUGUAGAUAUGCAAAUGUCUCCAAAGAUGGUUUACUUGAUAAUGUUGUAACUACAAUUUUCCAUAAUUAGCUUGAUUGUUCACGUCUUUCAAAUCGGACCUAGUCAGAAAACUUGACCUAAGGUUAACACUCUGAAUUAUUCCCGAAUCUUGAUCAUGUUUUCAGUAAGUAUGCUUGUACAUGUGUACUUUGGUAUUUUGUAAAUACUACAUAUGUAGAAAUAAAUAAACAAAACACUCAAAACAUGGUACAUAUGAAUUUGUUGCUCAUGAUAGUUAUUUUAAAAAUGGGUUUUUUUGAAGAAUAAAGUAUUUUUCUUUAUAUAAAACAACCCAAAUAUUUUUCUUCAGAACAGCAUCAUGAAAUUUACUCAAUGAUAUUAAAUAAUGUUGACUUUAUUUAUAGUUGACUGUGAUUUAUUAAGUUUAAUUAUUCCUGUGUGCCAAUAUGUCUGUUACCGUGUUUAGAUUAUUGAUUUAGGGUGAAAUUUGCACUUGUCUGCCGUCAUGAUUACACCUAUAGUAACCCUGUGCCAUAUGUUGAUUAUGUUAAUGUAUAUUUGUAACGACACGCAACGAUAAAAGGAAUCUAUUUUCUCUAUGAAUAGUUUGGUUAUAUUUACGCUAUGCCACACACAAAUUCAGUGGGGGUUUCAUAAUCUACAAAUCCAUUUAUUCUGCCAUAAAUUAUUAGAUCAGAAAUUUAUUACGUUGUGUGCUCCGACUGUUUUGACAUAAACAGAUUAUGAUAUCCUUCUCGUGUGUCCCUGGGUCACUAUUGUAUACCUUGGUCUCCUGUGUUGUCCUUGGGUCUCCAUUGCAUACCUGGGUCUCCUGUGUUGUCCCUGGGUCUCCUAUUGUGUCCCCAGGUCACUAUUGCAUACCUGGGUC